AUGUUGUCUGCGGUUCACCUGGAAGCAACAAAUCGACCAGCUGCUACGGCAAACACCAAGUCUUCACUGCUCGAGUACUGCUCGACCCCGCAAACGACAACUCUCCCUAUUCAUGCGCCGUCGACUUAUCUUUACUCGCCGCCCUCAAAGACGUCAUGGACUCCGAAGAACAUGCCAGUGGUCGGGCCCAAAGGGGGGCGUCGAUAUCGCAUGAAUUACCUCCAUGAGAACUUGAAUUGGCUCGAGGAGGCUGGGCGAACUAUAGUCAGAGGCGUAUGUCCUUUCUGCUUUACCCGGACAGGCGACGUUGAGCACGAAUCAUGA